AUGGGUGAUACGAAUGGACAAGUAGUAGCUGGUGGUAAUGGCCAAGGAAAUCGAUUGGAUCAAUUGAAUUGUCCAUUCGAUGUGUUGAUCGACAAAGAGACGGAUAGUCUCAUUAUUUGUGACCAGGACAAUCAACGAGUCGUACGAUGGUCUCGUCGUAGUGGUACAUCUCAAGGAGAAAUCCUUAUCGACAACAUCGAUUGUUAUGGAUUGGCCAUGGAUGAUCAGAGAUAUCUCUACAUCUCUGACACCGAAAAAGAUGAAGUAAGACGAUACCAAAUUGGAGACAAGAAUGGAACUCUUGUGGCUGGUGGCAAUGGCGAAGGUGCUGGUCUCAAUCAACUCAACUUUCCGAUCUACAUCUUUGUCGAUCAACAACAGACUGUCUACGUGUCAGACAGGGACAAUCAUCGUGUAAUGAAAUGGAAUAAAGGUGCAAAAGAAGGAAUUGUCGUCGCUGGAGGUCGAGGCAAAGGGAAUGCUCUGACACAAUUGUCGCAUCCUCAAGGACUGAAUAUUCGAAGUUUAUUUGAUAUUCAACUAUUAUCAUUAACAAUUGAUGAAACUGAAAAAUUCGGAAUACUUUGUUUGAUUGAAGGUCAAAUACGUCAACAUAUAUUUCGUGUUAUUAAUGAAAAUACAAAUACUAGUAGUCAUAGUUCAAAAUGUUAUUUUACUGAUUCAAUGUCUUCACUAUUAUCGAUUUCAACAUUAUCGAAUAAUACUCAUCAUCAUGGAAGUAAUAAAACUUAUUCUUCACUUAUUCAAACAUCACUUGAGAAUUUAGACAUUGGUUCAGAUUUACGUUCAAUUAAUUGUCUAAAUUUAUUAGACUUCGCAUUUGAACGUGGUCUUCAUAAAGCGAAGAAACGAUUAAGUCUAGCUAUUCCAUUCAGUCCAUGA